AUGUCAAAGCGGAAAGACGUGGUAUACGAGCCCGAGCUGAAGGCGCCCACUGAUUCGGGCCUGCUACAGGUCAUUGGUCUCGUCGGGUCUGGUCUUGAGGCUGUGGCCUGUGGCCUGGAGACUCGUGGGCUGUGGCGCCGACAGAGAACAAAGAAAGACACCGGCAAUAUGGGCAUCCAGACACUACGUAGGGCUGGAUCAGGGCUGGAUCAUCGGGCCAGUGGGAGAGCCGUCUCAGAACGCCAACAGUGGAGUGCCCGAAAGCGGACUUCGUAG